UUAGCAAAAUCCUAUAUACUUUACAUUAGAUGUAUACAAAAGUUUUUGGAUUCCCCUUAACAUGUAGACCGUCUUGUAAACAAUUUCUUUAUAACAUUAAAUCAUAAAUUAUAAAUCACAAACCCAAUGUUGAAUCAUUCAAUAAAAUUGUUUCCAAAUCACAACAAAAAAAAAAUGACUAAUUAUUACCCCUUAGGUUCCUCUAUAAAAUCCAACGAACCAAACACCUCAUCCAUCUAAACCAAUUAUAAUCACCCUCACUUCUAAUUUAGUAAACAACCCCGCAAAACAAGAUCAUAAUACAAAAUCAAAAACAAUUUGAUUAAUUAUUAUAUAAUAAUCAAUUUAAAACCUUAAUAAUCCACCCUUACCUUCUUCCACGUGCUUGGUUGCAUGUCCCUAAAAUUCACCCUUUCCAAAAACACUCACAAAUCCCACUUCCACGUGUCACCUCCUCCUCCCUCCCACCUUUCCUUAUUAACCCUACUAUUCACCACCUCUUUUUGCAUGAUCUUUUCUAUUUCUAUCAAAUAAUCAAAAACACAACAUAACAAUAUAACAUAACAUCCUUUAAAAAUGUCUUCCACCACCCGACCCCACCGCACCAUCCAACUCACCACCACACCACCACCGCACACCACCCUCCUCCGCCGCAUCCAAGACUCCUCCCCUAACUCAUCCCAACUCAUCGGCUUCCUCACACUCGCCAUCGUAGGCGGGAUACUUCUUCUCCUGACUGGCUUCACUAUCACCGCUAUUGUCCUAGGCUUUAUUGUUUUUGCACCCAUUAUUGUCCUCACUAGCCCCUUUUGGCUACCUAUCUUUGUCCUCGUCUUCGUACCCCUCGUUGGGUUCCUCUCCCUUUGCGGGUUUGGUGUUGCAGCCGUUGCGGUUCUAUCAUGGGUAUACCGGUACUCCCGGGGCCUCCACCCACCCGGUUCAGACCGGUUUGAUUACGCUAGGAACCGGAUUGCGACUACGGCUCGAGAGGUUAAGGAUUAUGCUAAGGAGUACGGUGGUUAUCUUCAUAGUAAGGUUAAGGAUGCUGCUCCUGGUGCUUAAAUGAACUAUAACCCGGUUUUGAUCGGGUUUUUUUUCGAAUAACGGAUCAAAAUAACCAUGCAAUUUAAUUAAAUUGAAUUAACUCGAGUUAUUAGCUUACUUAAAUGAACCGUACAAUAAUUUGUUUUUUUUUUUUUUUUUUUUUUUUUUUUUUUUUUUUUUGGUUUUUUGUUUGUUGUAUUUUCAUUUUUAUAAAUUUUGUUCCAUCUAUUUAGCUAUAGCUAGUUCCUUGAUUUAAUGUUGCUCGGUUUUGAAUUUUUGAUGUAUACAUAAAAAUGCAUUUGUAAUUUUGUUUGUUAAAUGCUGAAUAUUACACAUGCUUAUGUUACAAAGGAUUAUUAAAUGUCUAAAUCCCUGCAAUCUAGCAAUAAGUCUAAGGCGGGUGUACGUAUGUUAAAACGGUUAUGGGUAAAACUUUUAAAAAACUUUUAAUUUGUUGUUGGUUUGAUUUUAUUUUAAGGUGCGUGAAAUUUCUUGUAGGUGUAAUUUCUUGUAGAUUCAUGAUUACAUACUAUAACGGAUAAUGGUUAACAUGAUUAAUCUAAUAUAUUAUAAGUUUUUGUAAGAUAAAAUUUAUUAUUAAAAAAAUAAGAACUUAUGUAGUAUAAAGGAUUAUUAAAGGG